CUGUCAUGGCCGGGAGGAGGACGGCACUGGGCUCCCCAUUCCCCAGCUUGUGAGAGGAGCAGGAGCCCUAGGUCUAGGCCGGGUUCUUACGCGGGCUUGCUGUGUGACCUUGGACUUUUUGACUACACCCGGGCCUCUGUUUCCCCACUUGCACACCGAGAGAUUGUGAGAUGGGGACUGAGAACAAGGAGAUGAUUCCCAAGGAAGAAAUUUCUGAAGAAUGUCAGCCAUAUGGAUCAACAUUAGAAAAACUUCCAAAAGUGGUUUACCAAGAUCAUGAGUUUGGAGCAGCAUGUGAAGACACAUUAGAGAGACAUUUGAGAGAGUCCUCAGAAGAGAUUAUGAAGCAAUCUCAUCAGGAGAAGGACUUUACUUCAGGGUUGAUUAUCUUUAAGAAGUCACCCUCAAGUGAGAAAGACCAGAAGAAUAGUGAGAGUGAGAAAGGUUACAGCCCUAGCCCAAAUCUGGUGGCACAUCAGGGAGAUGCUGUAGCACAGAGGGUUAGUACAUUUAUUUCUGGCCAAAAAUUUAUAGAGAAUUUAGAACCUAACAAAACACAAAGGAUAUCUGUGGGAGAAAAGCCUCAUACAUGUAAAGAAUGUGGGAAAGCCUUUAAUCAAAACUCACAUCUCAUCCAGCAUAUGAGAGUUCACAGUGGAGAAAAACCCUUUGAAUGCAAAGAAUGUGGAAAGACAUUUGGAACUAACUCAAGCCUUCGAAGACAUCUAAGAAUUCAUGCUGGAGAGAAGCCCUUUGCUUGUAAUGAAUGUGGAAAGGCUUUCAUCCAGAGUUCCCAUCUUAUCCACCAUCAUAGAAUUCAUACGGGAGAGAGACCCUAUAAAUGUGAAGAAUGUGGCAAAGCUUUCAGUCAGAAUUCAGCCCUUAUUUUACACCAGAGAAUCCACACUGGAGAGAAGCCUUAUGAAUGUAAUGAAUGUGGGAAGACCUUUAGGGUUAGCUCACAACUUAUUCAGCAUCAGAGAAUUCAUACUGAAGAAAGAUAUCAUGAGUGCAAUGAGUGUGGCAAAGCCUUCAAACAUAGUUCAGGCCUUAUUAGACACCAGAAAAUCCAUACAGGAGAAAAACCCUAUCUGUGUAACGAAUGUGGGAAAGGCUUUGGUCAGAGUUCAGAGCUAAUCCGACAUCAAAGAAUUCACACAGGAGACAAACCAUAUGAAUGUAAUGAGUGUGGUAAAACUUUUGGCCAAAACUCAGAGAUUAUUAGACAUAUUAGAAUUCAUACUGGUGAGAAGCCCUAUGUAUGUAAAGAAUGUGGAAAGGCCUUUAGGGGGAAUUCAGAACUUCUUAGACAUGAGAGAAUUCACACUGGCGAAAAACCCUAUGAAUGUUUUGAGUGUGGGAAGGCUUUCAGGCGGACUUCUCACCUCAUUGUUCACCAGAGAAUCCAUACUGGAGAGAAGCCUCAUCAGUGUAAUGAGUGUGCAAGAACCUUUUGGGAUAACUCUGAGCUGCUUCUUCACCAGAAAAUUCAUAUUGGAGAGAAACCUUAUGAAUGUAAUGAGUGUGACAAAACAUUCAGCCAGCACUCCCAACUUAUCAUACAUCAGAGAAUUCACACUGGUGAGAAGCCUUAUGAAUGCCAAGAGUGUCAAAAGACCUUUAGUCGGAGCUCUCACCUCCUUCGCCAUCAGAGUGUUCACUGUAUGGAAUGACCCACAAAAGAGGAAAGCCUUUGGGGAAAGGCUGAAGUCAGACUUACUCAUGUUUUCACAGCCUGCACCUCAGGUUCUCAGAUAAAAGGACAACCUCCUCUGUUCUACUAAUUUUUAUUUCAACAGUUGGUUUAACAGGUUGAGGCACUUACGAACUACCCAUUGAGAUACUUCAGUGUACUGAGUUAAAUCAUAAAAGCUGUUUCAGGCCUUAAUUCUCUGUUCCUCUUCUUCCCUUUCCUCUCUCCCGAGUGAAUCACAUAACAUUAGGUGUCUGUACCUGCCAUCUAGCCUAAAUUGUUGCUCUUGAUAAAGAGUGGGAGAAUAGUAUUUACCACCUUAUAAGAAUUACAGAGUUGACUCAUUUAACAUUAUCCCCUGAAGUCUUAGAAAGUCAUGACCUAGAAGAUACACUUUAUUCUUCUCUCCACUGUUUAGUCUUGGAAUGAUUAAACUUCAAAAAUCUUCCAUCCCUGCUAUUAUUUCCCCUUAAAAGAUGGCAAGGUAAGGGCUGGGGAGAUGGCUUAGUGGAAUAAGUGCUUCCCUGGCAAGCCUAAGGGCCUGGAGUUCAAUUCCCGGUUCCUCCAAAAAAACCAAAAAAAAAAAAAAAAAACGACAACAAAAAGAUGGCAAGGUUAAUUAAACAGAAGCAUGGUUAUUUUCACAUGAAAGAAACUUGUCACGUGUACACUGACAAGGCAGUGUACAAGAUUGUAAGUGAAGGGCUUAGAAUCCAGAGGGACUGAUCAGUAAGUCAGGGUAUAAACAAUUGAGGCCAGUUUACUUAGCAUGACAGAAGGGAUUCCUGAGUAGCUGUAUCCACUUUAGGCUGCUCAGUGUGACUGCCAAAGGAUUGUCUAUUAACUUUGGUCCCAGGUACAGAUGUUUCAGGAGGUAGUAGAAUUGUUGCAGUUUCACUUCUGCUACAUAUCUGGCCAGAGGGAUGAGCCAGUUCAUCUAAGUGGGGCAUGACCUUGCCAAAGCACUUCAGGUCUCAUAACCUGGACCCUAUGGGUGAGAGUCCUUGCUGCUGGGUCCAGAUGUGACAGCCUCUUGGUUUGCUAGAUGGUCUUGGGUUUUCUUUCUACAACAUUCUCUUGGUCUCGCUCUCUUCUACACAUUAUCUGUUCUUUAAGGAAAUACAUCUAUUUUUCAUAUUUUCAGGGAAUGUAUGGUAGUGGGAAUUACACUGAUGAGUAUUCAGCAGAUCUGGGAUCUGGGAUCUGUUCUGAGCUGGACCUAGAACAAGGCAUUUCAACUGCUGGUCCAUAACUUUAUUUGUCAAAUGAGAGGAGUGGAACUAAAUGAUUUCUGGGGUUUCAACCAGCCAAAUAGUUACUUCUUUUUUUUCAAAGUCAAACUUAACAUAUCCUCAUUUUUCUGUUCUUUAAUGUCUAUUAACACUAAUACUGACUACUAAUAUUUAUUAUUUACUAUGUGCCAGGCACAGUGCUUAAUAGUUUACAUUUUUAUGUUCACAGUAUCUCUGUGCUGUGUGUAUUUUAGAAAGUAGCUUCAUUGAAGUAUAAUUGACAUACCAUAAAAUUACUUGUUAAAAGCAUUCAUUUGAAUAGAUUUUAGGUAAUGUACAAAGUUGUGAAACCAUCAAUGAUAUGGGAGUUUUUUCCCCCAACUUAAAAAUGAGGUAGGAUUAUCACACAGUACCUGUGAGAGGCAGGAUCCUCUUAACCACAAUGUGGUGUGGCAGGUAGGUUAAUCCAUUACUUCCUUCUUUGAAACCUUUUGCACAUUUUUUAUGACUAAUUACUACCUAGAUUUGAAUAUAGUGAGUUUAAAACCAGUCCUUGGGAACUUAACUGGUCAUGGUCUAAAUCCAUAAAGUGGGUUUAUCUCCAGUUUCAUCUGUUUGGCUGUGUAAAUGAACAGCUGAUUACAUGGAGUUUCUGCAUCCUAGGUACCUCUACCUCCUAAGUGUCAGACUCAAGAGGAGAAGCUCUUUGACUUACCUUUCCUAUUAGGGUGAUUACAAGUGGAGUAUACUUUCUCAUUUGUUUUUGCUCAAGCUCAAGCUGCCUAGACCACUGGUGGUGAACCUAUGGCAUGUGUGUGCAGCAGGCUCUUUGUAUCAUUGAAAUGUCACCUCUUCAACUUCUGUUUUUCUGUGUUCACAUAUUUUAUUUCCAUGUUCCUGAUAUAAAACUCAGUACCUCUGCAAGCUCUGUCUAAAGAAUCUACCCACAGAAACAUUCAUAAAUAAGACCUUCACUGAAGAGGUGUAAAAAUUGCAGAAGAAUUCAUGUUGUAUGUCCUGUUAGACAUUUGUUCUCAGAAGUCUCUUCUAAGCAGGGUUUUCUGUCUUUCCCUUUCAGGAUUCAGCCACCUUAGCUCCUUUUUUUUUCCUUCUCCAGUACACAACUCAUUUACCCAUACUAUCUGUACUUAGCUCAGUUACCUUAAAUCUAUCACUGCCCAGCAAAAAAGGCUGUUUAGUUAACAAUCCCCUUAUCUGAACACUAGUAAGCAACUUUUGUUGUACGUGAGCAUGUUCUUAAGAAGGAGUUCUCAUGCCAUUCUCAGGAAAACCUUCCAAAAUACAAUGCUUUCCUAAGAGGGAUUCUGGUGAGUGAAAUUAUCUCCAUCUUUUUAAGUACACUACAUACAUCCUGUAACCUCAUUCCCUUUCCUCUUUACCUGUCACUUAGGAAGAAUCUUCCUUUUUAUUGUCCUUCCCCAUCACCCUACUAUGGAGUCAUCUAGUUAUGAUUUGGAUUGAUAGUUGUAAUUUUGUGCACAUAGAAUUGCAUAGAGAAAAGGUAAUGAACUGUCUUGAUUUUAGACCCAUUAAGACAAGACUCAGUCUCAAAGUCCUAAGUACCCAGAAAUGUCCAGUUUUUGAAGCCAUGUACAUGUACAUUUUAUUUCCUUAACUUUAUAGGUAAAUAAA